GCAGUGGCCGUCGACUGACUGCUGGACUGCAGCAAGUAGUCGACCCAUCGUUUGAGCCCGGUGCACCUAGAGAGCCCGGGCAUGCCACCUGUCUCGACUGGAGACACUGUUGUCUGGGCCGAAAUUCGCCUUUCCUCUUGAGGGAAUCAAAGUUACUGCAAUGGAGACUUCGGGGAGGGAUGCAGCAGUCACAUACUUGGGGAAAGCUGAGGAAAGAGACGGAUAUUAUGAACUGGAACAUCUGCCUCCACUACUGGAGGACGAGGAGAAUGUGUCCCUGGCGGACAUCCUUUCUUUGCGGGACAGCUGUCUGUCUGAGGAGGAGGUGUGUGCUGUCUGUGCAGAGUGUGUUCUGGCGCUUCAGAGCAUCAGACCUUCCCACCUCUUCCACACCCUGUGCAUAACACCAGACACUCUGGCCUUCAACGCCCAUGGGAAUGUUUGCUUCAUGGAGCAGCUUAGUGAUGAUCCAGAAGGCUCCUUUGUGCCACCUGAGUUUGACAGCACAGGCAGCACGUUUGAGGGCCAUGUUUACUCUCUGGGCUCUACGCUUUCUGCCGCACUGAACUUUGUCAUCGAGCCAGAGCUGGAGGCAGAGCUGGGAGAAGAAAUCCAGAGGCUGUUGGAGCAGAUGCAGGAGGAGAAGCCUGAGGACAGGCCUCUCCUGCAGGACAUCCUCUCUCUGGCUGAAGCAAGGCUGUCUCAUACCUCCUCUGCAGCUGUAUGCCGGAAACUGUCUUCUAUCGGGCGACGGGUGCUCUCCAUCGAGUCAGUGUCAACCUUUCAAGAUGGACAGGAAGGCUCCUGGGAGGCAAGAUGGCAGCAUCCCAAACCCAGAUGUCUGCUUAAAGGACUGAGCUCGGAGGAUAAUACCAAAGAUCUGUGUGUUGACAGUACUGUUAAAGCAAAUGGUCUGUCUAGACAGCAGGUGUGCGGGGGCUGGGAUUCCUCUCUCUGGGCGGAGGAUAUGGACGACAGUGAAGGGGACGGCAUGAACUUUGCAGAUGACCUGGACUGCAGGUCUCACAACAGCUCCCCAGUGAGGAGGAGAGCCCAGCAGAGGCUGAACAGGGUGAGGGGGGCUCUUAACCGCUCCUGCUCUGUCCCAGACUCCAACAACCCCCGUUGUCUUUCCCCUCCAACUCACGGAGAUAUCAGUAUACCUGUAUCCGACCUCACAGAGAUAGGAGUGGAUGAACACUUGAGCUGCAAGUCCGUGUGGAGUAACAGACUUCAAAAACUCAAUCGGGGCAAGUCCUGUGAGUCUUACCCACACAGUAGCGCUGAGGAUUGUGUGAACUCAGUUGUGGACAACCAAAUGUCACAAGGAAAUGAGAAUGCUGCAGAGAUAUUAUGCAGUGGAGAAACAAAGAUUCGAGGGUGCCAUGAAUGUGUAUUCCAUAGCUGCACCCAGGAUUCAGCCUCUCUCUGUACUUCCUGUCAGGAGCUGGAAAUGGAACAGGACUCUUCUGGGGACCUGAGUUCAUUGAACCACCGCCUCUACAUUCCUAAUAACCACAUGACCAAAAGCAUGCUGUGCCUCAAUGAAGAAUCUCAGGAUGAGUGGAUCUCUCUAAGAGAGUUGCUUACUCGAUGUGGACGGAGGCUGACAGUUAAUGAGCUCUGGACUCUGUGUUACACCUGCCUGUCUUCACUGCAGACCUACAUUGACUUUCCAGCCUAUUUAUGCCUGGACACAGUGCAUGUGGGCUGCGAAGGAGAAGUACUUUUCUUGAAACCUAAAAACAUAGGGUCCCGAGAUGAGUUUUACCUUGCUCCUGAAUAUCAAGAACAUGGAAUUGUGACUGAGAAGGUUUGUGUGUAUGGGGUUGCUGCUAUUCUCUGGGCUACAGCCAAGUUCAGUUUAUCACCUAAUCAAAAACUGGCAAUGCCUCGCAAACUGAAGAGACUGCUCCUGGAGAUGGCAAAGAGGACGCCCAUUGAAAGACCUACCAUCAUCAUGGCUAAAAAAAGCUGCCGUGACUACUUAUCACGUCAAGGGACUAAUGCUGAGACUGUCUGGAAAAACCUCAUCAGCAGAGUUCACCCGCCAGCUUCAAAAUCCAGUGAUGCAGAUGAUUUGAGUGCAGCUCAUCAAAGCUCAUGUAAAGAGUCUGCACAAAACAACAGCGGCUUUGUGCCCAUGGCCACUGAGAGCCGACUGGCUCCUGUGCCUGGCCCUGUUCCCCACAGCUAUUCAGUCAACAAGGAGUUCCAUCUCCCAGAAGCCUUUACUUCCACUGCCACACACUUCACCCCCAUCAUUCUGACCGAUGAAGGGGACACAGAGGAGGAGAGAAAACACGUUGGAGCUGCCAGUGCAGGGACUGUGGAGGAAUUCACAAAAAGCGGUGAACACAUCGGGGAAAGGGACCUUGAUUUCCCUUCACACUCUGAGUACUCAUAUCCUACUCAGGCUGAACCAAGUCUACACACACAAGAGUAUCCUGUUAAUCAGGCAGUCAUAACUACAACUUCGACAACUUCUAGUGACAAGAUUCUGGACAACUCUACUUCUGCGCUCCCUGAUAUUUCCUGUCUUGAAGUCUCUCUUCCUCCACCGUUAUCCACUAACCUCAAUGGAUGUGGUGUUUUCAACAAUUACCUUUUCCUACAGGACCCCACAACAGGACAUCUUUCCUUAGUGCCUGUGCAGGUUAGGGCUCCCGAGUCUCUCCUUGGGUUGGAUAUAAAUCUCUCCCUGGUGCCACAGCCUUUGCCGGGACUAAUCACAGUUCCAGAGAGCACUGGUGGUCCAUUUAUUAACUGUCUGAAUGUGGCUUUGAGGCCUGAAGCUCAGGGUUAUGUCCCACCAUCAUCUUAUUUUAAUGGUAGCUCCAUCAUUUCUGAUAUCCCUCUGGAGCACAGUGUGCCCAGAGCUUACAAUGGACAAACAAAUCCAGGAACUGGUGAGAACCAGUCUCCUUCAGAGUCCAUCUCCCCUCAAGUCCACCCUGCCCUACAGGAGGUGAUUGACCUGCUCAAGGGAGAGUUUUCACUUGAUGGGUACUUGGAUGAUGGACUUGAGGACAUCGUCAUGGGGGAGUACAUCUUCUCUUUGAAGGAGCUCCAGUACCACACGUUUGCCAGUGUUGUGAAGGAGAGGUUCAGUGAUCUGUACUGGGAAGACGACUUGCUGGGUGUAUUGCACUGCCUGGUCCACUACAGCCCAUCCACACUCGGCUCUAAUGAGCAGCCUCCAUCAAAGGCUGUGAAAAGGGCAGCCCUCACCCCGCCCGUGAUAGCCACUGUCUGGGGAGGGAAGAAAGAAGUUUGCCUGCAUGGUUGUCUCGACCUGAAUGGGAACAUUCACAUGUCCAGUCCUGCUGCUGUGGAUUCUUGGGAAGAAUCCGAGGCCCGGUCCUGUCAUGGAGAAAAUGAGGCUGUGCUUGAAGAUUUUGAAUUAAGAUUGGAGAAUAGUCAACAUUGUAUCUAUCAAGGCAUGAGCACUGACGGCUCGGACGCAGGGGUUAUGGAGGGAGGAGAUCAUUCAGCGGGGGGCAGCGAUGAAAGCCCCUCUGAAGCUGAGUUUCUGUCGGGGAGAGAAGAAUGCCUGAUGGGAGCCCACGACGAGCAGAUGAGCCCCGACUGCUCGGAGGAUAUGGAGGACAGUGACUCUCUGCUGUCAGAGCGACUACUCUCACCUGGAUCCAGAGCAGAGGGACUGGGCCUCAGCUUCAGUCCAGCCUGGGCCUUGGCCUUCUUCGGAGAAAAUUGUUUUAGUCCAGAGGUAAUCCAGUAUGCAGUGAAUCUGGGACAGCACGCAGAAUCACCAUGUCUGGAUGUGAAAACACAGGAACUGCAGCAGCAGCUGAUAAUUGAAACAAGGAAUCUAAAGAAAACGAGAAAUUUCUAUCAGAAGCUUAUUCAACAAGAGAGAAAAAACAAAGGUUCUGAGAGCAAGCUGAUGCUGUCCAAACUCAAGUCCCAGUUUGAAGAACUCCGAUCCAAAGUGGUCUUCUUGGAGUGUGUGAAGAAAUACCUUGAGAUUCUGAGUGUGGACCAGUGGGGUUUGGAGGUUUCAUUACUGCCUUCUUUGGCUGUCUGUGGUCCUGGCUUUUUGGACCUUAAAUCCUCUGAGGAUCCGUGUGUUCUGAGCUAUGGUACCAGCAAAGGAAAGAGCACUCUGCAAGCUGGAUCUCCUCUGGGCCUCAUGGCUUACCUCUACGCCAGAAACGCUGCCGUGGAGGGUUACACCCAGCAGUUCCUGUACACCUAUCGUUUCCUCUGCACUCCAGAGGAGUUACUGCAGUUCAUAAUGGAUAAAUUCAUCAGCGCUGCAAGGCAAGGUCCAGACAUGUCCGGGGACAGUGAAAAGAUCUUCCAUCGCAGUUUGGACUUGCUCCGCUUCUGGAUAAGAGACUGUAGACACGUCGACUUCACACCGAAGUCCAGCCUUGUAGAUACGUUAGAAAACUUCCUUAAUACUGAGGUGAUUCCUGUAGACAGCAGAGGGGAGGUCAUUCUUGCUGCUCUCCACAGCCCUGCAUGUACGACUUGGAGCCAAAGAGGAGGAAGCCUGAUCAGCUUUGAGGAAGAUGAUGAUUCUGUGUGUCUGCAUUCAUCUACUGAGGAUCUUGGGAGAAAGUGGAGAUUCUCGCGAGUAGUGGAGCCCUCUGCAUCCCUGCCUAAAGAGAAGGUCUUCUCUAUUGCCACAGCCCUGCCUAUGCCUUGCUAUGGCUCCCUGGUGGAUGACCUCUCCAACGUCUGCCUGCACAGUGAAGAGCGACUCCCCUUCAGCCAGAAUGAAUUCAGCGCGCAGCACAUAGCCCAACAGCUCACCCUCCUGCAGCAGGAAAUGUUCCAAGGAUGUCAUCCAGUUCAUUUUCUCAACUCCAGAAUAAAAGGAGUCAGGGACAAAGUCUCAACCCCAAACAAGAAUGUGUCUCAUCAUAUCCCGCCAGCAGGGGGCAGCAGUCUGCCUGUAUGUGAGGGGACACCAUCAGACAGCCACCUCCAGCAGCUGCUGACAUAUGCUGACAGUGUCACUAACUGGAUCUCUGCUGAAAUAGUCAUCUGUGACUCUGUCAAGACACAAGUUGCUUUGCUGACCAAGUAUCUGUGGAUAGGAAAACACUGCUACGAAUCAAGGAACUUUGCCACAGCCAUGCAGGUCCUCGGAGGGCUGGAGAACAUGAUUGUCAGGCAAUUACCAGCUUGGAAACAUCUGUCUUCCAAGGUGUGUGAGAUCCUGGAGGAGCUACGAGCCGUGCAGGUGUUUCUGAAGAGUGACGACCUGUGUCUGAUGGGGGGAGAACACACGAGGAGGAGGCCCACCCUGCCAUCAGUGCACAUCCUGGCCAUGCACGUGCAACAGCUGGAGAUCGGAGCCUUCAAACUCACUACUGGAGUGUACAAGUGGACCAAGCUCAGGAGCAUAGCAAAGGUUGUGAGUCAGGUACAUGCCUUCCAGGAGGCUGUAUACCCCUACAGCCCCGACCGGGACCUGCAGGCCUACCUCCGGCGCCGCAUCGCCCGGCUCGCCACCUCUGACAUACACCUCUUGGCCGCCGACAACGACGCCAACUUCCAGCAGUCCAGCGAGCGACAAACGCGGAGGAUCCAGGACACGCUGAGGAGGGUUAAGGCCACUUUCCAGUGAGCCCUGCCCUGGUCACAUCUCUCUGUCCAGAGCCAGACACCACCACCAGGUUGACACCUCAUGUCCAAGCCCAGACUAAGAAUCCAGGCCUAAGCCACGACCCUCAGAUGCCUCUGUUGUCCUGACAGCUGAGCCUUGUGGGCUGGAGAACUUAUUUUGCUGUUGUAUGUUCACUAUUUGUCAAAGGUCCCUUAACUUAAGUCCCUAAUAUCAGUUUAGACUAGACUCCCAGAUAAGCUUUAAUUAUACUCAUACCCUUAAGAUUACACAGAUAUAGCUGUUGAUCACACUGGUUUCUUUCACAGAUCUCUUUGGUUUUGAUAUUAGCUUUCACAAAGAGAAGUGAUGAGCAAUGUUUGUAAUUUGAAACGAUUCUUCCUCAGCUCACAGGCUGCGCUUUUCAGCAUUAUUUGUGAACUUAGCUUUUAUAGCCUAUAAACAAUCAUACGUGGACUGAACAUGGCAGCAAUGUAGAUGCAUGUCAAGGCUGGAUUACCAACAUGGAAAAGUGGGCAAUUGCACCAGAGCCCGAGACCCCCGGGAGCCCCCAAAAGCCACAGGUUCACUGUGUAGCAAUGUGGUAAUGUGAUCAAUUGUAACCUUGUUUGGGAAUAUGCACCACUAAAGCACAAUAUCAGCUGACAUGAUGAGGGCCUUUGGGUGGAAUCCUGUUUUUUUGUCCAUGCCAGCAGCAUCAAAAACUUGCAGAAAAAGUUACAGCCCCUUCAGAUUUCGAAGCUGUUAACCAUCCCACAUCCAGUUCUGGUAGAGAAUACUGGCCUCUUGUGGCCCUGUCUUAAAGAAGGGCAAAAGAUCUAGUUUUAAGGCCUUCAUUAUUUCAUAUGAUACUGUGCUUGCGAGGUCCAUAUUCCUAAAUUUUAUUACAUUUGAUGUUAUCACCACGCAGCAAACCUGGGAACAUGUGACAUUCCAGCGGAGUAAUGCUGUGCACAUUACUCAGAAAGGAGAAGGAGGUAAAUAGAGGCCCAACAGCUAAGUUUUACCCCAGGUCCCCUUGCAGGACAAUCCAGCCAUGUCAGACAUUCAAAUACAAUCUAUUUGAUGUCAUUGAAAUGUGUUUGACUUGUAGGAAAUUAGAUUGAAUAAUACAGAUUGUGUUCCAUUCAUUGAACCGUUUAUUGAUCAUAUAUUUGGCUUAACAUGCAACAAGUAGUCUCUGUUUGUUUACAAAUUAGGAGUAUACCAAAUUAGAUUUAUAUGACUAGAUUGGUAAAUUAAUAUCUAAUAUCAAUCCCAUGUAAACAGCACAAUGUGAAAUUAUUGCAUUUAUUAUAGUGUGUCGUGAAGGGCAAAAGCUAGGCUGACUGUCAUGACAAUACCUUACCAUUACAGAGCAAGUGAUAGAACGUAAUGAGAUGUCAGUGUGAAAAAUGUUAUUUGAGGAACGAUGUUCAGUCAGUGUCUAUUUUCUAUUUUCCUGCCCGCUCCCUCUCUUCCAUGGUCUUCUGCCGUGAAACGCACCGUGGAGAUGGAAUGUGACGUGCUAUGAAGAUUUGCUUAAUUUAGCCAAAUAAAUGAGAUUUUAU